CUUGGGUGCAGCUCCGCUAGAGAAGGAAGCAGAGUUUCCGGCUGUUUGCAGCGGAGCAGGAGGAUUGCUGACGCCGCGAAACCCCGAGGAAAAACGCCACCGGCUCGGGGGGCUAGUAGUUUCAAGCUUCGGUUGUGACUCUUUUCUUUUCUUAUCAGGGGAUCUGGGGGCAGAUAAAUUUUCUACGGGACCUGAGCAACAAGCCAAACGAAGACGCUGCACAAGGCGGAGGUUAGCUACCAGCUACCGGCAUGGCCAGGGACUACGAUUACCUCUUCAAGCUGCUCAUCAUCGGUGACAGCGGAGUGGGAAAGAGCAGUCUCCUUUUGCGCUUCGCAGACAACACAUUUUCAGGUAGCUACAUCACCACGAUAGGCGUGGACUUCAAGAUCCGGACGGUGGAGAUCAACGGCGAGAAGGUGAAGCUGCAGAUCUGGGACACGGCGGGCCAGGAACGCUUUCGCACCAUCACCUCCACAUAUUACAGAGGAACGCACGGGGUCAUAGUGGUCUACGACGUCACGAGCGCCGAGUCCUUCGUCAAUGUCAAACGAUGGUUGCAUGAAAUCAACCAGAACUGUGACGACGUCUGCCGAAUAUUAGUGGGAAACAAGAACGACGACCCCAGCUCGAAGGUGGUCGAGACGACCGACGCGCAGAAGUUUGCGGAGCAGAUGGGAAUCAGCCUGUUCGAGACGAGCGCAAAAGAAAAUAUCAACGUUGAAGAGAUGUUCAACUGCAUCACAGAGCUGGUGCUAAAAGCCAAGAAGGAGGUUCUAGCCAAGCAGCAGCAGCAGCAACAGAACGACGUGGUCAAACUCACCCGGAACAGUAAACGGAAGAAAAAGUGCUGCUAGCGAAAGCGAGCGGUGAACGGCCGGAGGCAUCUCCUCUCCACACACUCACACACCACACCAUGGGACUCAGAGCAUCUAAAUUAAAGAGCAGAUAAAGAUUUAAUGAAUAUACAGAGAAAAAAAAAGAAAUAAAAAUAAAAAAAAUAAAUGGAAAUAUUGUCCCCUUUGGACAAACUAAUCAUGAAGACUUUAAAAAAAAAAAAGAAUUUGUACAGAUUUUUAUGAAACGUCAGAUCAGGUUUUAUUUGGAACGCAUCAGAUAAGCACUGUUUGACCUGAGCUCCUCUUUUUCGGUGAAGAAUCUGAAGCCGCCGUCUGAUGGACUCACAGCUCAGAUUUCCGCCCCCGUCUUCCCUUCCUGUCAGUAUCUCAUCUCUCCUUCCCGUUCCGCCGCACACAGGACGCUGCGGGCCCCGCCCGGCUCCGCACCUGAGGGGGGGGAGGACUCGUUUCCUCUACACUUUUCCAUUUAAUUAGUUUUUCUUUUGUUUUUGUUUUUUCCGGUGGGCGGAGCCAGGACUUUGCGCAUGGCCGCGAAAGAAAGCAAGAACUCCUCUCGUGUUUAAAAGUGCGUACAUUUCAUCCGCCCGCAUGGCCAACAGAUCAUGAACUUCUCGGUUUCGUUGUCGGGGGAAACGGGCCCAAUGAUGAAGUCGAUUAGCACGUUUAGCAGUUAACCUAAAGGACUGAACUGGUGUUUGUUUUGUUGUUGUUGUUUUUUUUCCUCUGUAUUUUGCCAAGCUUCCCCUUCCUUAACCUCCUAACUUCCAGUAGUGCUGAGCCAAUGUUAACUGAUCUCAUGUUUUCUCCAUGCAGCAGAGCAGGUGAACCACUCCCAGAGCUCCCAUUGCACUGUUCACUGCAGUCUUACUUCCUCUUCCGUUUUCCUUUAAAUCCCCUUUUUAAAAAUAAAAAAUAAAAAAAAUAGAACAAAAAACAAAGAUAACUGCCAAUACUAUAAAACAAAGAAAAUCUAUAUCAAUAUAUGAACUCGGCAGAGCCUCUCAUUGGACUGUUGCCAUAGCGGCCGUCGGCUGGUCAGGAUACAGGGUGAAUCAGCGUCUGAUUGGACCCUGUUGAGUCCUCAGGAAAUGCUCCCUCCCUCCCCUCCUCCUCAUCCUCCUCCUCUUCUUCUUCUGUGUUGCUGCCGCCAGCCUUGUGUUCCCUCAUCGCCCACAUAUCAGCACCUCACAGCGACCGACUCGCCAUCUGCAAGGAGAAACCCGCCAUCGCUGUGACCUCUCCUCCACUGGGGUUCUUCUUGCUUUCUUUUUCUUCUGUUUUCAUUUUAUUUUCUGUUUUUUGUUUGUUUGUUUGUUUUGGCAUGCAACUCUUCGUUUUGAGGAUUUUUUAUGAUUCUUUUUUUGUAAAAGCUAACGAGAACUGACUGUGUUCUCUCCAUUAACAGUGACUGAUGUCGUGUUUUCAUCUCCCUCCUCCUCAACCUGUUGGAGUGUUAGCUGUCAGUUUUCGGUGUCCGUGGCGACAAUGUGGCAGAACGAGCGGCAGCACUGGAGUCACGUUUUCCCAUCAGCAUCUAUUACUGACAUUUAUUGUUAUUUUUUUUGUUGUUGUUGGUUGUUUUUUGAAAAAAUUGGGAGAGCUUUACUGCAGACGGAGGAGGAGGAGGAAAUACUCUGAGUGGGUUCUGGUGGGCUCACGCCAACAGGUAUCAGAAAGCCCACACUUUGAUUUCUCUCUACCGUGUGUGUAUGUAGUGCGCACGCGGUGUAUAGUGUAUAUAUACAAAUGUGUGUUUAUAUUCAAUAUAGAAGAUGCACACAUGACUGGCGCACCGAAUCGUGCAUGUGCUGCACAUGCCUGGUGUGCUGGGGUCAUGAAACAACAACACACUCGUCAGCUGUGGUUCGCUGUACACUGGAGAAAUAAAGAUGUACUAUUCAGUUUUCCCUACAUGAAUUAAAUCAGUAAUAAACGUUUUAAAGAAAUAAAUAUUUGACACAUAA